AUGCGCGGAUUCCUCCUGAAGGACUGCAGGUGCUGGGAUGCGACCAGCAGCAGAAACUACGAGGAGCUGUUUGAGAAACUAGACACUAAUAAAGAUGGGAAAGUUGACGUGGCAGAGCUUCGGACAGGUCUCAUAGCGAUGGGGAUAGCCCUGCGGACCGCAGAAGCUCAGAAAAUAGUGGCCACCGGUGACAAGAACAGCGACGGUGUGCUUGACUUCACUGAGUUUGCCAAAUAUCUGAAAGAACAUGAGAAAAGGCUGUGGCUCACAUUCAAGAGCUUGGACAAGAAUAAUGAUGGUCGUCUGGAUGCCUGUGAGAUCAAACAGUCUCUGGCUGAACUGGGAAUGGACGUAUCCACAGAAGCAGCACAGAAAAUCCUACAGAGCAUUGACAUUGACGGCACCAUGACUGUGGACUGGAACGAGUGGAGGGAGCACUUCAUGUUCAAGUCGACCACUGAUCUGGAAGAAAUUAUUCGAUACUGGAAACACUCCUCGCAGCUGGAUAUUGGUGAUAAUCUCGUCAUUCCCGAUGAGUUCACCAACGAGGAGAAGAUCUCCGGCGUAUGGUGGAGACAGCUAGUUGCUGGGGCAACAGCGGGGGCAGUUUCUCGAACAGGCACUGCACCUUUGGACAGGAUAAAGGUUUUUAUGCAGGUUCAUGCAUCCAGGUCAAACCAGAUCAGUCUGGUUGGGGGGUUCAGACGGAUGCUGAAUGAAGGAGGAGUGACGUCUCUGUGGAGGGGAAAUGGCCUCAAUGUGUUAAAGAUUGCUCCCGAGACCGCAAUCAAAUUUAUGGCCUAUGAACAGUAUAAGAAGUAUCUGUCAUCCGAGGGUGAUAAAAUAGAGACAGCACAGAGAUUCAUGGCUGGCUCUUUAGCUGGUGCAACAGCACAAACUUCCAUUUACCCCAUGGAGGUAGUGAAGACUAGACUGACCCUGAGGAGAACCGGACAGUAUUCUGGGAUGAUCGACUGUGCCAGGUCAAUUCUGAAAAGAGAGGGCAUUAAGGCUUUCUAUAAAGGUUAUGUCCCCAACAUGCUGGGCAUUAUCCCAUACGCGGGCAUCGACCUUGCUGUUUAUGAGAGCCUAAAGAAUGCCUGGCUUGCACACUAUGCCAGAGACACAGCCAACCCCGGUGUUCUGGUCUUGCUGGGCUGUGGUACUGUCUCCAGCACAUGUGGGCAGCUGGCCAGCUACCCUCUGGCCCUGGUACGCACUCGUAUGCAGGCACAAGCAUCGCUCGAUAACUCGGAGCAGCCCUCGAUGCGCUUGCUGAUUAAGAGCAUCGUGGCGAAAGAAGGCUUUUUCGGUCUCUAUCGGGGGAUCCUACCCAACUUCAUGAAGGUCAUUCCAGCUGUCAGCAUCAGCUACGUAGUGUACGAGUACACAAAAUCAUCGCUGGGUAUCUCAAAGUGA